GGAAGAGGAGGAGGAGUGACGAGGAGUAGGGUCAAUGGUGGCGGAGGGCGACGGUGGUGAUUGUGGUGCGGAGUUUCGGUGGCUGCAAGAAGGGGAGGACGAGGAAGUCGCGAUGGCGAUGGUGUCUGUGCCGGGGGCGGCUGGGGAUGGGGCUCCCGGCGCGGCCAAUAACGGGGGGAAGUUGUUGAGCAGGAAGCGGAAUUUGAAAGUUCCUAGGGUUUCUGGAGAACCAACUUUGAAGAGCUUGCAAGUGCAGGUGAAGCGGUUGGAGCAGCAGCGGGAGUUUCUCAGUCUGCUUAGGCCGGUAUUGGCGUCGGAUGUGCCGGAUGUUGGCGCUGCGUACGCGGACGUGGAACUCCAGGCUUGUGACGGCUCCCCUGUCUACGCACACAAAGCCGUGCUGGCCGUAAAAUCAAAAGAGUUUCAUGAGGCUUUCCGUGCUAAUGCGGACGUGAAGGUUAUAGAGGUUUCGGAGAUGACCCCCCAAGAGCUAAAAGUUUUCGUAACUUUUCUUUACACUGGAACUAUAAGCAAUAAUAUCAGUUUGGAGUGUAUGCCGACCUUCUUUCGCGCGGCAGAAAAAUAUAAGGUUCAGUUCCUGGCUGAAGUUUGCGAGGAUACCUUGGUUUCGAAUCUUUCAAGACAGAAUGCUAUAUCAACUUUCGAUAUUGUUAAAAAGCAUUGUUCGAGUGCUGUUAGAGAAUCUGUGCUGGUGAAAGCUAUGAAGAUGGGAGAAAUAUCAACUUACGAUGAAUACAAGCAUUACACUCAAAAAGAUCCUGGUUUAUUGUUAGAGUUGUAUGAGCUGCUGUCAGAGCGCAUAGGACCGUUACUUGCCAAAAGACGGCGGAUUUCUACAGACAUUGGGACCAGCGAGCAGGACGGAGUGAACAAUGCUUUCAUUCUAUAUGACGGAUGCGACGGCAAAUCUGACAGCGAUGAUGAGAGCAGUGAAGACCACUUACGAGCAGAUGAAAGAGAGAUGAAGCCUGAAAACGAGAUUGCAUCUGGAGCAGUGAUGCUGCUUAAUGGAUCUUCUCGUGAUGGCGGCAACGGUUGCAGCAGCGCUGGAGGCGGUGUAUUCUGGCAAGGGGGACAACCCAUACCUCCUCAACAUGGUAGAACGUACUCUGCCGGGUACGAUAGGGCACCAGGUCCCAGGCCCACCUAUGACGGCCAAAUGAUGUCUCCUGCCUAUGUGGUUCCUCCGUAUUUGUCCCCAAUGCACAUGGGUGGUUCUCUUCCAAGAGGUGGCUUUGUUGGAGCUGGCGCUCAAGGAGCACUGGGGAUGAUGGAACGACCUGUUGGUGGGGACGAGCUUAUGGUUCAGGAUACAAGGGGAAAGAAGCUUCCAGUAGAGGCUCAAACGAAGAUUGAGGGGCGACGUGGUCAGAACUGGACCAACUGUGAAGUGGAGGCUUUGAUUGCUUUGAGGGGUGAAAUGCACGAAGAGUUUGAAAGAAACAAGCAAAAACAGGGAGUUAAUACCUGGAACAAACUUCAUGCAAGAAUGCUCGGUGUAUGUAAAGGAUUUCGGAAGAGUGCGAAUGCUUGUAAGAAGAAGUACUCGAUACUUUACAACGAAUACAAAAAGGAUAGAGAAUGUGCGAAGGAUAUCAACAACGAUGCUUUUGUUGCUGGUGGAUUGCCUAGGAGCAAAAAGUGUGCAUUUUUUGAUCAGAUGGACAUGUGGUAUCAAAAUAGGCCAAGAUUGAAGAUUGAUGCAAAUCAAGGGGAGCAUUUAGAGAGUCCAUGCACGAGUGCAGACGAUGUAGAUCUGAAGGAAGAGUAGGAUAAGAAGCUUAGAAUCUAAGAUGCACACAGCCACCUGGUACAAAUAUAUUCUGAGCAUGAAGCAUGAGUUGGAUCGUGGGUAGGAAUACUUGGUACGGUUCGGUUUCAAAGUCAGACCCUGAUGGGUCCACAUUUCCUUUAGGUGUGCUUGAUAGAAAGUCCCCUUUUGUCAGCAGAGAACUUCAGAUCAAGGAAUGCAGUUAUUUUAGAGAAAAGACUAAGAUGGAUUCUUUAGGAAGGAUAAGUUAAUGCACAAUUCUAUAGUUCUGUUUGGAGUGGUACACUGCUGCCUUGGAUGCAAACUGUAUAUUAUGCUACAGUUGUACAUUUCCAGUUCUUUAAUCAACUCGUGUGAUCUGGGAGUAUUCUGCA